AAUAAACAAGAAUAUAUAUUUUAAAGUUAUAUCUUAUAGUUUGUUUUGUUUACUUCUUGAAGUGGUUUAAAAUGGAAAAUAUUGAAAAAGUUAUUAAUCUUUUGCAUAAAAGGAAAGUUGUUCGUGAUGAACAAUUCGCAAAUGAAGAGAGAAAGCAAAUUACAGAAUACAGUAAUUUGAUGAAUACAUUACAGACUAUAAAAGAUGAACGUAACGAUUGUAAAGAUAACAUCAUUAAACAUCUUCAAUGUUUAACGAUACACAAACAUUCCACGUACAAACUCAUUCAUAAUUCAGAGAAUAUUCCAGGAUUACCAGUUUCUCACAAUUAUCAUCGGCAAGCAAUAAUGUUUUUAUCUGAGGGGAUUGAUUUUAUAAAUAAAUUACCAAAUAUAUAUACAAAUCUAGAUACCAAUAACAAAGAAAGUACUAUUAAUUCUACAAAUCUUCUUCACGAUAUUACAUCUUGUACAAAUAGUGUAGGAAGUGAACUUUGUAAUAUAAAGUCUCUAAUUACAGAUGUAAAAACAUUGCAAAAAAAUACAGAUAUAUUGCAGGAGUAUUGUUUAGUUAAUAAUGAUGGGGAUAUGGAUAUCUAAACAAAUAAUAUCUUACACUUUGAAUGAGAAAAAUACAUUUUAUCCUUACUCCUUACAGUAAUAAGAGGAAGGUAUUAUCUCAUUCUGAAAGUUAUGUGAAACAUCCCUUUCUGGUCUUUCAGUUUCAUAAGCAGAUAAGACUCCUUUAAUUUUAUCUCUGUAAAAUAAAUACACUUAGCAGUAACAAAGAGAACUUAUAAUAUUUAUCAUUAUAACAAAAUAAUGAUAAAUGUAUAAUUUAAAAAAAAAGGAAGUACUCUUAAUAUACAAAUAUAUAAAUAUUCUUACUUUGUAACAUUAUAUUUUUCAGUUGCAACUUUUUUUUCUCUUUCCAUCAAUGCUUGAAUUUGUAUUUGUAGUUGAUUAAAUUUUUCUUUAUUCUGA